GUUUGGAGUAGUGUUGUUUAAGUAUAGUCAUACUUACUUUUAUAUGGAUGAUAAUAAAAAUCUGAGAUUUUUAAUUUUGAUUUUGUUACGUAAAUUCGUACAACUUUUCAUGAAUUAAAUAAUUUAUUAUUUAUUUGGUCACACUAAAUUUCACAAAAAAAAAAUCAUUUAAUUUAGAAGCUCAAAUUCAAAAUCAACCAAACCAUGCCCUGAGUUCUUGAUAAUCAGAUAAAUCAUCCAAAUUUUGCCGAUCUAAAGUUCUAAAAUCAUCAAUAAAACAGAACCCAUUUCGAAUUUCUUCCAACUAUCAGUAGGGUUUCUUUUUAAUUUCAGGAACUGUAAUGGUAAUUAACACACCCAUGAAGAUUGGAUCAUAGAGGAAAAGACGGCGUUAAAGAGACAGCUUACUUACCAAACAUCAUCCCUUUUACCCGCUCUCAUCUUCUCUUCAAAUCCAUGGAACUCUCACUCUCUCUCCCUUCAAACCCAUGCGUAUAUAUACCCCAUGGCAGAAGCACCAUCUCUUCUGUGUCAUUUGAUUCAAUCAGAGCCUCUCAGAUCAUAUCCGAACACCCUUCAGAUAACAACCUCACGUUUCACCAUCACCCCCUUCCGUUUUUUGUCUGCAUUUGGAUAUACAGAGAUAUAAAACUGUGUUAUCGGAUAAAUGGAGGACGAUUUUGAUAUUCCCACUGCCGGAAAAUUGAACGAAAUCGACGGAGAAGACCCAAUCGGCGACGAAAUGGACGUGCCGGAGGGUGGAGCUGGCGGGAAAGUGGGAGAAGAGAAGGAGAUUGGAAAAAAUGGGUUGAAGAAAAAGAUCCUUAAUGAAGGUGCUGGCUGGGAUACCCCCAUUAAUGGCGAUGAAGUUGAAGUUCACUAUGUUGGAAGUUUACUCGAUGGAACUCGAUUCGAUUCAAGCCUCGAUCGGGAGCUGCCAUUUAAGUUCAAGCUCGGGCUCGGACACGUGAUCCAAGGGUGGGACGAUGGUAUCAAGACUAUGAAAAAAGGCGAAAAAUCCCUUUUUACAAUUCCUCCCACUCUUGCAUAUGGUGAAUCCGGAUCGCCUCCCACUAUUCCUCCUAAUGCAACACUUCAGUUUGAAAUUGAGUUGCUUUCAUGGACCAAAGUGAAAGAUAUUUCCAAAGAUGGAGGAAUUUUGAAGACAAUAGUAACUGAAGGACAAAACUGGCAAACUCCUAAAGAUCCAGAUGAAGUUCUAGUUAAGUAUGAGGUGCGGCUUGAGGAUGGAAGUUUAGUUUCAAAAAGUGAGGAGGUCGAAUUUACGGUUAAAGAUGGGUGUUUUUGUCCUGCAUUGUCAAAAGCUGUGAAAACAAUGAAGAAGGGAGAAAAAGCCGUCUUCAUAGUGAAGCCACAAUAUGGAUUUGGGGAGAACGGGUGGGACCCAUCAGGUGGUGAUGAAUGUGUUGUGCCACCAAACACCACCAUUCAAAUAACAGUUGAGUUGGUUUCAUGGAAGAUUGUUUCAGAGGUUACAACAGAUAAAAAGGUUUUAAAGAAAAUCUUGAAAGAAGGAGAAGGGUAUGAUCGUCCGAAUGAUGGUGCAAUUGUUCAAGUGAAAUUGGUUGGGAAACUCGAAGAUGGAACUGUGUUUGUGAAUAAAGGACACAACGAGACACCAUUUGAGUUCAAGAUUGAUGAAGAACAAGUUAUUGAUGGAAUUGAUAGAAGUGUGAAGACGAUGAAGAAGGGUGAAGUUGCAGUGUUGACUAUUCAUCCAGAGUAUGGAUUUGGUUCAAUCGAAUCACAUCAAGAAUCAGCAAUUAUUCCUGCGAAUUCCAAUGUGUAUUAUGAUAUUGAGUUGAUUUCAUUUGAAAAGGAAAAAGACACGUGGGAAUUAAGUACACAAGAAAAGAUCGAAACUUCAGGGAGAAAGAAAGAAGAAGGGAAUACGCUUUUCAAGAGACAAAAAUACGAGAGAGCUUCAAAAAGAUACGAAAAGGCUCUUAGCUUCGUUGAAUAUGACUCAACUUUUAAUGAUGAUGAAAAACAAGAAUCCAAAAUCCUAAAAAUCAGCUGCAAUUUGAACAAUGCUGCAUGCAAAUUAAAACUGAAAGACUAUAAACAAACAGUAAAGCUUUGCACAAAGGUCUUGGAUGCUGAUAGCAAGAAUGUGAAGGCGCUUUAUAGAAGAGCCCAAGCAUACAUUCAACUUGUUGAUUUGGAUCUUGCAGAGAUGGAUAUUAGGAAAGCACUCGAGAUUGAUCCUAAAAAUAGGGAUGUGAAGUUGGAGUACAAAUUGUUGAAAGAAAAGGUGAAGGAGUAUAACAAGAAGGAUGCCCAAUUUUAUGGAAAUAUUUUCAGGAAAAUGAACAAAUUGGAACACCUACAAUCUAGUACUGGAGCAAGAAAACAAGAAAGGGUGCCCAUGACGAUUGAUAGCAAUGCAUGAUGAGUGAAUUUGGACUUGUUUUUUUGCUCUAUAAUCACUAUGAAUAACUAGAAAAGCAGUCUAAAAAUCGACAUGAUUACACAUGUUUUCGGUUAGUGAGGUUUUUGUGAGGAGGUAUUGUAGUGUUUUUGAAAGACUUAUGAAAAUUGAUUAGUUAUAAUAACUCGCAUUUUUUGGAUCUUUCCAUACUUAAUCGACUCGAUUUGAUUUUGUUAGAAAACAACAAAAAUUGAACACAAAAUUCUUAUAGGUUAU